AAAGUAAAUUGUGGUUGGUGCCCAAACCCACGAUUUUUUAGACCUAUAUAAUCCCAAAUAUUACACAUAGUUCUAUCGCACUUGGUUUCCAUUCUAAAGUAACAAAUAAACUAAAAACUUUAGCUCCAAGAAUGGGUAGCUUAUCAUUUGAGAAGGACUUUGAGCCAUCAGCUAUGACUCCUAGAGGAUUGGCACCACCUGGAUUAAUACCAAAUGGAGAUUUUGGAGAAAUGAAGAGACUGAAGGUGACUUCUACACCUACUACACCAAGAAAGAAUUUGAACCUUUCAGUGACUGAGCCUGGCAAAAAUGAUGGACCAAGCCUUGACUGUACAUUGAUGAACUAUAUUGAUACACUUACCCAACGUAUCAAUUACCAUAUAGGUUAUCCAGUUAACAUAUGCUAUGAGCAUUAUGCAAGCUUGGCCCCACUUUUGCAAUUCCACUUAAAUAAUUGUGGUGAUCCAUUUCUUCAAAACACUGUGGAUUUUCAUUCAAAAGAUUUCGAAGUCGCUGUUUUGAAUUGGUUUGCAGAUUUAUGGGAAAUUGAAAGAGAUCAAUAUUGGGGUUAUGUUACAAAUGGUGGCACAGAAGGAAAUCUCCAUGGCAUUUUGGUUGGGAGAGAAUUACUUCCAACUGGGAUUUUAUAUGCAUCAAAAGACUCUCAUUACUCAGUCUCAAAAGCAGCAAUGAUGUACAGAAUGGACUUUGAAACGAUUAAUGCAUCUAUACAUGGAGAGAUGGAUUAUUCAGAUUUGAAAACAAAAUUACUUCAAAACAAGGGCAUACCAGCAAUAAUUAAUGUUACAAUUGGUACUACCUUCAAAGGAGCUGUUGAUGACCUUGAUAUUAUUCUUCAAACUCUUGACGAUUGUGGCUAUACACACGAUCAAUUUUAUAUCCACUGUGAUGCAGCACUGAAUGGGCUUAUUAUCCCUUUUAUCAAUAAUAUGAUUUCUUUCAAGAAACCAAUUGGAAGUGUUACAAUUUCUGGUCAUAAAUUUUUGGGAUGUCCAAUGCCAUGUGGAAUUCAAAUAACAAGGAAAAGUUACAUUAACAACCUUUCAAGAAAAGUUGAAUACAUUGCUUCAGUGGAUGCGACAAUUUCAGGAAGCAGAAAUGGCUUAGCUCCUAUCUUCUUGUGGUACAGUCUAAGUGCUAAAGGUCAAAUUGGACUUCAGAAAGACGUUAAGAGAUGCCUUGACAACGCCAAAUACUUAAAAGACCGUCUUCAACAAGCAGGAAUUAGUGUAAUGCUCAAUGAGCUUAGCAUCAUAGUUGUGCUUGAGAGGCCUCAUGACCAUGAAUUCGUUCGUCGUUGGCAACUUUCUUGUGUGAGAGAUAUGGCACAUGUUAUUGUCAUGCCAGGCAUCACUAGAGAAACUCUGGAUAAUUUCAUCAAUGAUUUACUGCAACAAAGAAAAAAAUGGUACCAAGAUGGAAGAGUUAGUCCUCCUUGUGUUGCCAGUGAUAUUGGUGCCCAAAAUUGUACUUGCUCUUAUCACAGAAUCGAUUUCAUCAUCCCAUAGAGAGCCAUGAGAAUCCAUUCAGAUCUCUCUUUGCUAUACCAAGUGUGUCUUCUAUAGACAUGGCAUUUUGUAACUUUUUAUUUCUUCAUUUUUUUAUCCACUUCAAAGAGAAUUGUAUUCUACAUGUAGUGUCAGUAUUGUACCACAUAAAUGUACUAAUGUCGUGGGAAAUACAUGGUUUGAUAAAAUCUUAUAUGAUGAGUCUUUUAGUAUAAAGCAAUAAA